GCGAGGGAGGGACUCAGUCCCCGGCAAGGCGGCGGCGGGGGUGGCGGCUGAGAAGGCGGCAGUAGGGCAGAGGGAGGCAGCGUCAGGGGCGCUGCUGCUGCUGCUGCUGCGCUUGCUGGUGCUGCUGCUGGAGGCGGCGGUGGCGGAGGAGGAGGAGGAAGAGGCGGCGGCGGCGGCGGCGCAGGAGGAGGCGGCAGGGGCGGGCGGCCCGCACCAGCCAUGCCGAAUAAAAACAAGAAGGAGAAAGAACCAGCAAAAUCGGGGAAAAGUGGAAAAAGUACAAAAGAAGGACAAGAUGCUGUAGAACAGGAGAUUUCCAUCAAGAAAAACAGCAUUAUUCCUUCCCAAACUACAUUGUCUAAAAUGAAACUACCUACUCCACAACCUAUAGUGAAAAAAGAAAAACGCCUAAGUACUUCAAGGUUUAAUGUUAGCAAUAACAGGGAACUACAAAAACUACCAGCUUUAAAAGAUGUACCUCCUGCUGAUCAAGAGAAGCUUUUUAUCCAGAAGUUGCGUCAAUGUUGUGUCCUCUUUGAUUUUGUUUCUGAUCCACUAAGUGAUCUAAAGUGGAAGGAAGUAAAACGAGCUGCUUUAAGUGAAAUGGUAGAAUAUAUCACACACAAUCGAAAUGUGAUCACAGAGCCCAUUUAUCCCGAAGUAGUACAUAUGUUUGCAGUUAAUAUGUUUCGAACAUUACCACCAUCAUCCAAUCCCACGGGAGCAGAAUUUGAUCCAGAGGAAGAUGAACCAACACUAGAAGCAGCCUGGCCUCAUUUACAGCUUGUUUAUGAAUUUUUCUUAAGAUUUUUAGAAUCUCCAGAUUUCCAACCUAAUAUAGCAAAGAAAUAUAUUGAUCAGAAGUUUGUAUUGCAGCUUUUAGAGCUCUUUGACAGUGAAGAUCCUCGGGAAAGAGAUUUUCUUAAAACUACUCUUCACAGAAUCUAUGGAAAAUUCUUAGGCUUAAGAGCUUACAUCAGGAAGCAGAUUAAUAAUAUAUUUUAUAGGUUUAUUUAUGAAACAGAGCAUCACAAUGGCAUAGCAGAAUUACUGGAAAUAUUGGGAAGCAUAAUAAAUGGAUUUGCCUUACCAUUAAAAGAAGAGCACAAGAUUUUCUUAUUGAAGGUGUUAUUACCUUUGCACAAAGUGAAAUCACUGAGUGUCUACCAUCCUCAGCUGGCAUACUGUGUAGUUCAAUUUUUAGAAAAGGACAGCACACUUACUGAACCAGUGGUGAUGGCACUUCUUAAAUACUGGCCAAAGACACAUAGCCCAAAAGAAGUCAUGUUCUUAAAUGAAUUAGAAGAAAUUUUAGAUGUUAUUGAACCAUCGGAAUUUGUAAAGGUCAUGGAACCUCUUUUCAGACAACUAGCCAAAUGUGUUUCCAGCCCACAUUUCCAGGUGGCAGAGCGGGCACUGUAUUACUGGAAUAAUGAAUAUAUUAUGAGUUUAAUCAGUGACAAUGCAGCAAAGAUUCUGCCCAUCAUGUUUCCAUCUUUGUACCGUAAUUCAAAGACCCAUUGGAAUAAAACAAUACAUGGCUUGAUAUAUAAUGCGUUGAAACUCUUCAUGGAGAUGAACCAAAAACUGUUUGAUGACUGCACACAACAAUUUAAAGCAGAGAAAAUGAAAGAGAAACUUAAACUGAAGGAACGAGAAGAAGCAUGGGUUAAAAUAGAAAAUCUAGCCAAAUCAAAUCCCCAGUACACAGUGUAUAGUGAAGCCAGUUCCCUGAAUCUUCCAGUUGCAAUGGAAACAGAUGGGCCUUUAUAUGAAGAUUUACAGAUGCUGAGAAAGACAGUCAAUGAAGAGUCACGUCAGUCGGUCGGAAGAAAAACAGUUACACCCAUGCAGAUAAGGAAAGUCUAAAAAGAUGAAAAGUAUAAAGUGAAGGCACAGAAAGAUCAGAAAAAGGAUCGUCCUCUUGUGCGACGCAAGUCAGAACUGCCUCAGGAUAUCUAUACCAUGAAAGCCUUGGAAUCCCAUUGCAGAGCUGAUGAGAUAAUAUCACAUGAUGGGCAUUAGCUUAUUACCAUGGAACAUAUGGGGAGGAGGCAUAUUAUUUUUGACUUAAUAGAAAAUACAUACAUCUUGUGCCAUACAAAUCAGUUGUACUCAAAGUCAAAAGCUUUCUUCAACCCAGUUCUGUAGGCAAUAAUUUAAUUCAGCAUACAGCUCAAGAUCAGUAGUUCAAACAAUGGUAAAUUAUCAGGCUCCAUUUUCAGAACCAUGGGUUGAUAAGUAUUAAAUGACCACAUUAUUCAGGUGGUGGUGCCGCCAUAACCCCAGCAUAUUCUAAAUUAUGAGUAUUUCAGUUAAACAUUAGAGCCAAAUAGAAAAGCACCCUGAUCAUAAUCAACUCCAUAUUCCAACAGAAUUUGUAAACAUUAAAAAUAGCUGGUACUAUGAUAAUGUCAAAUGUUUCAGAAUUGAAAGUACCUUUAAAGUAUUACACAUUUUAAGACUUUACAACCUUGAAAUUAUUUCCACAUUGUUCUAUACCAGCAGUUUUUAAAGUACAUGAAAAUGAUUCUUUCAUAUUUUAACAGAACUUACAAAAAGUUGACUUAUGACAAUCCUUCAGUCACUGUUGUUUUUCUAUGUUAUUUCUUUACUUUGGAUAGAGACAUGUGUAUCGUGUCUUAGUAGUUUUACAUAUAUCUAAAGCCAUAUCUUCGGAUCUUUAAUACAAUACCAGUAUUCCAGGAGUAAAAUGGUAGAAGAAAUUUGUUUUCCUAAGAGCUUUUUCUGUCUACCUUAACUGGAAUUGGAUUAAAUUUUUUAAAGUGUUUCAUUUUCAUUUUCCAAAUUUUACUUUGCUUUUAAAUGAACAUUGUUGCCCCUUAUCAAGGCUCUUGAACCUUAAUAAAAUAUUUGGGCUCUAAGAGUUCAGAAUUUUGUAGAAAAGUUAGAAUAAAGUCAUUUUAAGUUGAAUCAUUCUCGGCCUAGCCCAAUCUGCUGCCUUCCAGCAAAAAUAAACAUCAGUUAUAUAAUGUGCCAGGUGUUAAAAUGACAUUGUUCUAUGUCUUUAAGUAAGUGUUGGUCUCAGAGCUUAUAGGAAGCAACAGUGAUGAUAAUUUUACGUAAAUGUAUAUUUUUUUCUGUUGAAAAGAGCACACAUGUUACAAAUACACCUCACAAGUAAAAUGAAAAUGCAUCUGUUUCCAUUGAACUUCAAAUGCUGCUAUAUAUUCCACAAACUUACUUGCAUGUAAUGUACUUUUUGUUUUAAAUGGAACAGCACGAGGGAGGGGAGGGAGGGAACUCUAACUUAGUGCUUUGUCUAUUUUUUAUUUUCUCUCAGGGUGGCCAGUAUUUUGACUUAUUUAUCCUGCUUGAAAGCUGUUUGAGAUGUGUUCUGCUAUUCUAAAUGGGUGGUAUUAGUUUUCUUUUGUCUCUGACAGUAAGAUGAUAUAACUUGCAAUGUUAAAUGUCAAUGCAUAAGAAGAUAAUGUGGCUUCUUUUAAAAAAAAUUUUUGUUCAACAAUAAAAUGAGGUCUCCUGCAUCCAUAAAAGAUAUUGUGAAAAGCAGACAUAUAAAUAACUUGUGCAGAUGUAGUGCCUGCUAUCUGUCAGUUUCAUUUAAAAUCCAUUUCCACUGGUUUAUUUCUUUUUGUUUUGGAGGAAAAUAAUUUGGGGGGAGGGGAUUUAUUGUAAUGAGAGCGAACUAAUUAAGAUUGCCCCUGCUUUAAAGUGGAAAAGUCCACUUUGUAAGAACAAAUAUUUCCUGUGAAACUUGAAAUGUAUCUGCUUUACCAUUAUGAAAAUCUAUAAUUAAAAAAAAAAGUUUAGAUGCCUUCUCCUUUUGAGGGAAAAAGGGUGCUUUUUUAUUGUAUAAAGCAGUGUCUUAUGUAUUUUGAUAUACCAUUGUUUGAACUUCCAUCUUUAGCUGGUAGAUUAUCAAUAGAUUUGAUUUGGGGUGUUCACUAUGUUUGUGCAAAAGAUUUCUGGAAAGAGGUUAUCUCCUUUUUUGCUCUAGAAGAAAAAAGCAUAUAUAUCAAUGUUUGGUUGAUUAUGUAAAAGCUCGGCUUUUAAAGAACAUCUCUGUUUUAUUUCUGCUCUUUAUUGAAGUUAAACAUUCACCAAAAAAAAGACAAAUCUGAUGAUGGUUUUUUGGGAGAAACUAAUUUCUGCAUAGGCAAAAGUAUGACCUGAUACAGUACUUUGGCCCAUUCAAGUUUUCAUAGUCAAUACUAAAAUUCACUUAUGCUAACUGUUCAACUUAUUAAAAGUCCAGGUAUAUCGUGUAAUUUAUACUGAGCUAAUUUUAAGACUACUCCAUCAAAAGUAAGCUAGAAUUUUGGUGACUGUUUUUCUUCAGGAAGUUCUGUGUUUAACAUCUUUACAUUUUCCAGAACAUACCUGUGCAUCAGGAAUGUCAACAAUAUUAUAAGUGUCUUUUUAGUGUGGCUUUAGUAUGGCUUCAUUUUAAUAUUGUACAUACAUUGUACUUUGUUUAUGAUAAUAAGUAAUAAAAAUGUAGACUUCAUAUUUUGUACAAAAUGUCCUAUGUACAGAAUAAAAAACGUUCAUAGAAACAGCAAACAUAGGUAAGUGGCACAAUUAUUUUUCAUUAGAUAAUAUCUGUAACUUUAUGCUUUAGUGAAAUGUUAAGUUCAAGUGUACCUACAUAUUUUUUAACUUUUUGUAAUUCAAGACUUUUUGUUCUGACAUUGUUUAUGAAGAGAAACUUCAUACACUUGCCAUUUAAUAUGCUCUUUUAUCUAAUUUUAAAAUUCUAAAAAUGGUGUAUUAUAUGGUCUAAAUAAAGAACAUGUGAGUUUUA